UCAAACUCAGUAUAGAGCGGAACCUGAUCGAGAAAUGUCGCUGUUGCUGUCGCUAGUCGCGCUUUUGGUGUCGCUGCUUUUGUUCGUGGCCCGCCGACGUCAUGGAUAUUGGCAGAGGAGGAGUAUUCCGCACGAUGUGCCCCAUCCACUUUACGGGAAUAUCAAGGACUGGCCCAAGAAGCGACACAUCGCGAAGAUUUUCCGGGACUACUACUUGAAGUACAAGGGCUCGGACUAUCCAUUCGCCGGCUUCUUCUUCUUUUUCACCAGAACUGCUGUAAUUACCAACUUGGAAUUGGUCAAGAGAGUGUUGAUCAAGGACUUUAAUCACUUCGAGAAUCGGGGAGUUUUCUACAAUGAGAUCGAUGAUCCACUCUCGGCUACCGUGUUCAGCAUUGAAGGCCAAAAAUGGCGUCACUUAAGGCAUAAACUAACGCCCACUUUUACGUCCGGCAAAAUGAAGAACAUGUUUCCAAUUGUUGUAAAGGUUGGUGAGGAAAUGGAGAAGAUUUUCAGUGGUAAAACUACCUCGGGUCAAGGCCAAGUACUUGAAAUUGUGGAUCUUGUGGCCCGGUAUACAGCUGAUGUAAUCGGUAACUGUGCGUUUGGACUCAAUUGCAACAGUCUUAACAACCCAAAGGCGGACUUUGUAACCAUUGGCAAACGGGCGAUUACCGAUCGUCGCUAUGGAGGAAUGCUCGAUUUCUUUAUAUUUGGUUUCCCAAAGUUAUCACGCCGCUUGCGCCUCAAAUUGAACGUUCAGGAGGUGGAGGACUUUUACACUAAAAUUGUAAGAGAUACAAUCGACUACCGAUUGAAGACCAAAGAGAAGAGGCAUGACUUUAUGGACAGCUUAAUCGAAAUGUACCAGAAAGAGCAGGCUGGAAACUCGGAGGAUGGUCUUACCUUUAACGAGCUAUUGGCCCAAGCUUUUAUUUUCUUUGUGGCUGGUUUCGAGACGAGUUCUACGACCAUGGGAUUCGCCCUCUACGAACUGGCCCGCAAUCAGGAUGUUCAGGAUAGACUCAGGGAGGAGAUUACAAAUGUUCUGGGCAAGCACAACAACGAGUUCACCUACGAGGGAAUCAAAGAGAUGAAGUAUCUGGAGCAGGUUGUUAUGGAGACCCUUCGCAAGUAUCCAGUUUUGGCUCAUCUUACGAGAAUGACUGAGACAGACUUUUCACCGGAAGAUCCAAAGUACUUUAUUGCCAAGGGCACCAUCGUUGUGAUUCCAGCUCUUGGCAUUCAUUAUGAUUCAGAAAUAUAUCCCGAACCCGAGAAAUUUAAGCCGGAGCGUUUUACGGAGGAGGCAAUCGCUGCGAGACCCGCGUGCACCUGGCUUCCAUUUGGAGAAGGACCUCGGAACUGCAUUGGUCUUCGAUUUGGGUUGAUGCAAACCUGCGUGGGAUUGGCUUACCUGAUUAGAGGCUAUAAGUUUAGUGUUGCCCCGGAGACGCAGAUACCCAUGAAGGUUGUUGUGAAGAGCAUUCUUUUGUCUGCGGAGAAUGGAAUUCAGCUUAGAGUUGAGAAGCUUAGCGGUGCGCGUUAUGAAAGCCCAAAGCUCCUUUAUAUCGAAUUCAAUAUAAGUAACGGGCUUUCAGCUUACCAAUUCAGUGUUCCGAAAAUGUUUGUUCUACUAGGGCUGUUGGUCGGUGCUCUCAGCCUCGCCGUUUGGUGGGUUCACCAGCUUUAUACGUACUGGAAGCGUCGGGGAAUUCCCCAUGAUCCACCCAACUUUCCAUACGGAAACACCGUCGAACUCCAGAGGACAAUGCAAAUGUCCCACAUUCUCAAGCGAACCUAUUUUAAAUACAAGAACCAGACCGACGGCCCAUUUGUGGGAUUCUACGUUUUUGCAAAGAAAUUUAUCGUGAUAACCGACAUUGAUUUUGUGAAAACUGUGCUGAUUAAAGACUUUGAAAAGUUCCACGAUCGCGGAGUUUAUCACAACGAAAAGGACGAUCCACUGACUAGUAAUCUGACCGCUAUCGAGGGUGAAAAGUGGAAAAACCUGCGUCAAAAGCUGACCCCAACCUUUACGUCUGGAAAAAUGAAGACCAUGUUUCCCACAGUGUUAAACGUGGGCGAUGAACUUAUUCGGAUAUUUGAUGAGAAGAUCUCAAGUUCUCCGCAAACUCUGGAAGUCACAGAUCUCGUAGCCCGUUUUACAGCCGACGUGAUUGGAAUCUGCGCUUUUGGGCUAGAAUGCAAUAGUUUGCGGGAUCCCAAGGCGGAAUUUGUCAGAAUGGGAAACUCGGCGAUUACCGAACGCCGACAUGGCAGACUAGUAAACUUGCUCAUCUUCGGAGCGCCAAAACUAUCAGCCAAGUUGGGAAUAAAGACCCUGCCUCCAGAGAUAGAGGAGUUUUACUUGAGCAUUGUCAGGGAGUCCAUCGAUUAUAGGGUAAGGAACAAGAUAAACCGGAACGAUUUCAUGGAUAUGCUGAUCGAUAUAAAGCUAAAAUACGACAAUGGCGAUAAGCAAAAUGGGCUUACAUUUAACGAGGUCGCUGCACAGGCCUUCAUAUUCUUCCUGGCAGGUUUUGAAACUAGCUCUACCACCAUGGGUUUUGCCCUAUAUGAGCUGGCCUGCAAUCAGGAUAUUCAGGAUAAACUACGGACGGAAGUAGAUAGCGUUCUAAAGAAACAUAAUGGAAAAUUGGACUAUGACAGCAUGCGGGAGAUGACUUAUCUGGAAAAGGUCAUCGAUGAGACCCUAAGAAAACAUCCUGUGGUGGGCCAUCUGGUCCGUAGUGCGACUAAAGACUAUGUGCACACAAAUCCAAAAUAUUUCAUUGAAGCCAGCACUGGAGUUCUGAUACCGACCUUAGCCAUCCACCACGAUCCAGAGUUCUAUCCGGAACCGGAAAGGUUCAUACCAGAACGCUUUGAUGAGGAACAAAUACAACAACGGCCCCAAUGCACUUUUCUGCCUUUUGGGGACGGUCCUCGGAACUGUAUAGGUAUUCGAUUUGGACGUAUGCAGGUUGUCGUUGGAAUGGCCCUGCUUAUUCACAACUUUAAGUUCGAGUUGCACCCCACUAAGACAACGGUUCCGGUCAAGUACAAUAUCAAAAGCUUUUUGUUGAGCUCCGAAGGUGGAAUUAACCUUAAUGUCAGCAAGAUAGUGAAGCACUGAAAUUAUUCAUACCAAAAAAAUGUUUCCUAGUGCAAAGAUCCUCAAACCUUACGUAAAACCUCGACGGUUUUGAUUUAGCAUAUGUUUAACAAAGUACAGAAUAUAGAUUCUCUGUUAUCUAUAUAUUAAAAGGUUUGUUGUUGAGUAUUGAUAAGAAUUUAUUUUUGUUUUUCAUAAUCAGUUAAUUGAAAGACAACUAAUGAUAAUUAGUAAUCUAAAACCAUUUGCCCGCGGUUAGUCACUAUCCGGUUUGACGACGUUAACAUGUGUCUGCUAAACUGUUCUACACAAGUGUGUAGAUUUAGUAAAUCGUUCCUUACGUAAAGGUUCAAAGAUUUAGUACAGUUGAAAGUUUUAACAAAAUAAAUCUUAGACUCGUUCAGCUUUUAAGAA